AUGCUCUCCUCGCUCUCCACGCUCGCCACCGUCGCCCUUGCCGCCUCCUCCGCGCUCGCCGCGCCCAGCUGGUCCUCCCGCGUCCGCGUGACGCCGUUCCGGCUCGCGGCGGACAACCUCGUCUCGGCGUGCGACGGCCUCGGCGGUGGCGCGUUCGACACCACGACCGCGAACGUCACCCUCGCCGCGUACUACGUCGACGAGGCGAAGAACGCGAACGCCACCGGCGUCCCGCUCGUCCUCGGUCCCGGGGGCGCGAUCUCGGGCGCGUCGCUGCAUGUGCUCAUGACGUGGGCGUCGUACCCGUACGAGCAGUACUGGCCCGCGCUCCAGCUCAACGCCGGCCGGCUGCUCGCGAUGGGCCCGAACGUGACCAACACCGCGGUGACGAACGGCUCGUCGCCGGCGUGGCUACAGACCGCAGACGCGGACCCGCGCAACGGUGCGCAGGUUUACUGUGGUGUGGCGAACACGGACCCCGACGGGCACAGCACGGGCCACCCGCAGCUCGCGGUGAACGGUGUGGUGGACCAGUUCGCGUUGUGCGUGCGUGGGGCGUACAACGAAGUGAUCUACAAGCCGUCGAACGCGAGCUCAGAGUACAACGCGACCGCGUGCGAGCCCGUCCGCGUCCAGAUCGUUUUCUAG